AUGGCAGUCAGCACCCUGAACAUGGCACCGUACUUCACUGGAUAUCCUUUCCAAGGACAAGGACGCGUGAAUCAACUCGGUGGCGUGUUCAUAAACGGGCGUCCGCUGCCGAAUCACAUUCGUCUGAAAAUAGUAGAAAUGGCCGCGGCCGGCGUCAGACCGUGCGUAAUCUCCAGGCAGUUAAGGGUUUCGCACGGUUGCGUUUCGAAAAUCUUGAAUCGGUAUCAAGAAACAGGAUCGAUUAGGCCGGGCGUGAUCGGCGGCAGCAAACCGCGAGUCGCCACGCCGGAAGUCGAAGCGAAAAUCGAGGACAUGAAGAAACAAAAUCCUGGCAUAUUCAGCUGGGAGAUUCGGGAGAAGCUGAUAAAGCAGGAUGGUGUCUGUGAUAAGGCGUCAGCGCCAUCGGUUUCCAGUAUCUCGAGGCUCCUUCGAGGACCUACAAAUCAAACUCGUUCCGGAGACGAUCCCCGAAGAAAUCAUUCUAUCGAUGGAAUACUCGGUGGAAGCAGCGGCGAUGAUUCGGAGACUGAAAGCGAGCCAGGAAUCGCGUUGAAGAGAAAACAACGACGAAGCAGAACCACGUUUACUGGCGAGCAGCUCGAACAAUUGGAAGCAGCUUUUCAUCGAACACAGUACCCAGACGUUUACACCAGAGAGGAAUUGGCUCAAAAGACUAAUCUGACAGAGGCGCGCGUGCAAGUUUGGUUUAGCAACAGGCGGGCCAGGCUUCGCAAGCAGCUAAACAGCCAGCAAUUGAACGCUUUCAACACAAUGAGUUUGCAGUCGUUUCAGACACAACACUACGGUAGUGCUGAAACUUAUCAGACCUACGGUCAAGCAUCGGUAGCUGCAGCCACAACAACCACCGCUGGCUACCCGCAGCACUACAACUAUAGCGAGAAUUACUAUGCUGCACAGCAACAAUGGCCCAGGCCCACCACGGAUAAUUAUGGACUGUUUAACGCGACUCAUUACAGUAGCAGCAAUCUAGCUUCGAACUUGACCAGCAACAACUUGAAUCUGGGCAGUCUGGGCAGCAGCGUGAGUUCCACUGCUUCGAACAUGAGCGAGUGCAUGGCUCAGGGUGCAAGUUCAGGAGUGUCGGCCCCGACAGGAAUGAGCCACCAUAUUACGCCGCACAGCCCCAGCGAGGCCAAAAGUGGCUAUCCUUAUCUGGGUGGAAUAGAAUCCCAGGUUUGUGGCAGAGUUCACUGA